AUGGCGCGAUUAAACGACCUUCCCACGAGUUCAGAUUCCAUCGAAUCCUUAAAACGGCGCUUUAUACGACAAAACCGUGAGAUUGCCCGAGCGAAUUCAGUGCAGUCGAUCCGCAUUCGAACACUCGAAGCUGAGGUAUCGCAUCUCCUUGCUGAGAAUGUUACACUCCGCGAAGGAAUUAUCUCUGCAAACCAUGAGCUCGAGCGAUAUCGGACCGGUACGCAUUUCGAAAAUCGCAUUAAUACGCUAAGAGAAAGAUUCGAGUCUGGUUUGGGAGAGCUAUCAGCACUUGUUAAGGACCUUAACAAACUACCGUCCCAAUAUUGUGAUGUUGGCGAACGGGUUGCAAAGGAAGACCGGGUUGAGAAAGAAGGGGAAAUAAAACGAAUAAGCCCCCGCAGCCUUCUACGACUCUCUGAAGACGAGGCUAUGCUGGAGGAUGGCGGUUGUUUGCCUGCGAUUCCAGAAGAUGGGGUCUACGCUCCCGAUGCAGAUGAACGGAUAGAAGAGGAAAUAAUUCAGGAGGACGAUGACAUGGAACCGGUACAAGCCAUGGAUAACAUUGAAUCGACAGAGAGGAAGCCCGAGGCUCGUACACAGGAACAGGAUGUUUCCGUGACCUCAAAAAACACACCAUCGGAUGAGUCUCGUUUCCCAUGGGCUACAAGGGAAAAUACAGUGGCAGAGAUCCUCGAAAAAGUUCGUCCAAUCAAUACUCGACCGAAACGAAGAGAUAGCUCUCUUGUUCAAACGCUGGUUUCCAAAAAGGACGUCGAAGUCGAUCGAGAUGCUGCGCCUCCUGCUACGGUGGCUGGCUCUAAGCGGAAAUUCGAUGCGCAAGAGUGCGACGCUCUUCCACAAGAUAAACAAGAACAGGAUAAAUUCCAAUACACACUCUUCAAAAAGGCCCAGAGGCAGCUAUCUAAUGAAAUUGGAGUUGGGGCCGAAAAUGAAGCAGACCCUAUAUCUACGGGCAAGGAAAGCCUUAAGCCACGCGCGGAUCUGGCGAAAUCCCGGCGCGCCCUAGGACCAAAAAAUGUAAAUUUCAACCCAAGGUCGACUACAAAGAAAGUGGUUCAAGAUAGCGUGGCUGUCGAAAAACGGAAGGGAUCCGGACGAAGGAAAACAGAGACGCGGAAUACCUCACGCCCUAAAACUUCCGAUCAACCCACGGAUACGAAACCAGAAGUCUUCAUCCGCGAGGAUGUGCCUCUUUUUAAUCAUCCGGUUGAAAUUUCGUUGGAUGAUCACGAUCCAGUGGAGAAAACAUCCGAAUCUACAAACAGCUUGGAUAAGCCUCUAUAUUCAGAAUAUCAACCAACAACCACUAGCGAACGACAUGCCCAGAGACCAAGACCAUCCAGGCGCUCUCGGGGUCCUAUAAACUACGCUGAGCCUAGUCUAAGAGGCAAGAUGCGGCGGCCAACAGAGGAUCUUGUGGACGCUGUAGCGGAAUGUACAACAAAACGGCUUUCAAGGUCGCAAAAUGAUCUGGUUGACGACCUUCAAAGUGAACAACGCGCUAUCAGGGUCGAUAUCAAUCCAAACCUAUCCAAAGGGAACCAGUCCAGCACGCUUGCACACAACAUUUUCGACCUCUCAACAUCGAGCCCAGAUGGCAAGCUAUCUAUGGGCGGCGAUAGCAACUACACCAGUGAUAAUGAUACAGACACCGAUGGGACAUGGUCAAGCCGCGAACACCGAGCUCGGUCUAUGCGUGCCCCUACCCCAGACCCUAGUAUCAGACCGGUGAGACAGUCUCGCAGGCAAUCAUCGAACCCGAACUACAGAGUGGAGGCACAUAUAUCAGCAUAA